AGAACGGCCAAGGAUUCACCGUGAACAUCAUCAGCGAGGUAUUCGUCGAGAAUGCAAAUGCAACUGCUAUAAACGCUCCUCCCGGCUUCGACGAGUGGACUCUCAGCGGUAUGACAAAAGAGAAAUGCGUACACGUGCAUGUUCAUGAUAUGAUACAUGCGCUAACGACGUGCUCAGGUGCAAAUAAAAGCCGCCCGCAUCAAGGAAAGCGCUUUUAGCAUGGAAUGCGAGGUAAUUUCAUUUCACGCCAAGCCCGCUCGUUCGCUGACAACGUCACCUCUCAACAGCUCUACAAAUCAUUAGAUAUCAUUCACCCAGUCACAGGCGACCACACCGGCACGCUCAUCCUCGCGCACGUCAAGUACAUCCACGCCCGCAAAGAUGUGCUCACAGACAAAGGUGUCAUCGACCUCGCAAAGUUUAAGCCCAUCGCGUGUUUGGGAGACAUCUCAUAUGCCCAGGUUGGAGAUGCAUACAGGAUCACCCGUCCAUCAUGGGCGCAGGAGGAGGCGAAGAUACAGGAAGCAUUGACGACUCGCACAUCACUGUGA